AUGCCGCUGCAGGAAAGCUCUGUGCCUGUGACAGACAUCAGUGUCCUAGUCUGUCAGGGCUACUCAAGCAACAAACUGCAUUUUACUAAAGCACUUUUAGCCCUUUAUAAAAGCGAGCUGUAACCAUCUCAUUUUGCAGGGGUUAUCUGGAUUGAAGAAUGUUUACUAAUGCUUUCUUCUGACUUUCUUCUUCCUAAAGGUUUAUUCAACCAACUGGUCAUGUAGAAUCCUGUAACUUGGGACGACCACGAUGGGAAACUCUAUAUGGAGUGGAGCUGGUCUUCAACCUUGCCUGCAGCAAUCUAUUUGACUAUUAAUUGGUUUCUGGUCCUUGUUGAGAUUAAAGUGCGGCUAAUCUACAUUAGAAAUCUACAGUGCAAAAAGAAAAUAAAAACACUGGAUAUUUUGAUUGUCUUGACUGAACCGAACCUUGGUUUCACUCAGAAGUAUUAGCACUGAUAUAUCUGCCACAAAUAUUUUUAUAAAGCUGCAAGCAAUACUGUGUGCACAAUGGGUGACAUGACGAACAGUGCAGUGGAUUUCUAUCCAAAGAACCAAAGAAGCGAGUCCAACCAUGCAGGUGAAUUUGGGUGUUCUCUCAAUGAACUUCGCUCUCUUAUGGAGCUACGUGGAUCAGAGGCAGUGCAAAAGAUACAAGAUACCUAUGGUGAUGUGAAUGGAUUCUGUAGACGGUUGAAAACUUCACCAACAGAAGGUUUAGCUGGCAAUCCUGUAGAUCUUGAAAACAGAAAACAGAUUUUUGGUAGAAACUUUAUACCUCCAAAAAAGCCAAAAACUUUCCUACAGUUAAUCUGGGAAGCACUACAAGAUGUGACCCUUAUCAUCCUAGAACUUGCAGCCAUUAUCUCCUUGGGCCUCUCAUUUUAUCAACCACCUGGAGAGAGAAGUGAAAUGUGUGGUAGUGCUGCAGGUGGUGUGGAAGAUGAGGGGGAAGCUGAAGCAGGCUGGAUUGAAGGAGCUGCUAUCCUGCUGUCUGUUAUCUGUGUGGUUUUUGUAACUGCCUUUAAUGACUGGAGCAAAGAGAAACAGUUUCGAGGUUUGCAAAGCCGGAUUGAACAAGAACAGAAGUUCGCUGUUGUGAGAGGAGGCCAGGUCAACCAAAUCCCGGUGUCAGAAAUAGUUACUGGUGAUAUUGCACAAAUUAAAUAUGGUGAUCUGCUCCCAGCAGAUGGAGUGUUAAUUCAGGGAAAUGACCUUAAAAUUGAUGAAAGUUCUUUAACUGGAGAAUCUGAUCACGUUCGCAAAUCUGCAGACAAAGACCCCAUGCUACUUUCUGGUACCCAUGUCAUGGAAGGUUCGGGCAAAAUGGUGGUUACAGCCGUAGGAGUUAAUUCUCAGACUGGCAUCAUAUUCACAUUGUUGGGUGCAGGUGGUGAGGAAGAGGAAAAGAAAGACAAGAAAGGCAAAUUGCAGGAUGGGAAUAUGGAAAACAGCCAGAAUAAAGCCAAGAAACAAGAUGGUGCAGCUGCCAUGGAAAUGCAGCCUCUGAAGAGUGCGGAAGGAGGCGAUGGAGAUGACAAAGAGAAGAAGAAGGGGGGCACGCCCAAGAAAGAGAAGUCUGUGCUGCAGGGGAAGCUCACCAAGCUGGCGGUGCAGAUAGGGAAAGCGGGAUUGGUAAUGUCGGCAAUCACAGUUAUUAUUCUUGUGCUAUACUUUGCCAUCGAUACUUUUGUGAUUCAAAAGCUGCAGUGGCUGCCUGAAUGCACUCCGGUCUACAUCCAGUUCUUUGUUAAAUUCUUCAUUAUUGGUGUCACUGUACUUGUUGUGGCUGUCCCAGAGGGUCUCCCACUUGCUGUCACCAUCUCCCUCGCCUACUCUGUGAAGAAAAUGAUGAAGGACAAUAAUCUAGUGAGGCAUUUGGAUGCCUGUGAAACCAUGGGUAAUGCAACAGCUAUCUGUUCUGACAAAACGGGCACUUUGACCACAAACCGAAUGACGGUUGUGCAGGCUUACAUUGGUGAUGUCCACUAUAAAGAAGUCCCAGACCCUGAUGCCCUCCCGUCAAAAUCUCUGGAAAUGCUUGUGAAUGCAAUAUCUCUCAACAGCGCUUAUACUUCCAAGAUACUGCCUCCAGACAAGGACGUUGGUCUACCCCGUCAGGUUGGUAACAAGACUGAGUGUGGGCUGUUGGGACUUAUCUUGGACUUGAAGCGAGAUUAUCAAACCAUCCGUGAUCUGACACCAGAAGAGAAGCUCUACAAAGUCUACACUUUCAACUCCGAGAGAAAGUCCAUGAGUACUGUUAUCAGAAUGCAAGAUGGAAGUUUCCGGAUGUACAGCAAAGGAGCCUCAGAAAUUGUCCUGAAAAAAUGCUCCAACAUCCUAAACAGUGCCGGAGAGCCGCGGCCCUUCAGGCCUCGUGACCGUGAUGAGAUGGUGAAGAAGGUCAUCGAGCCCAUGGCUUGCGAUGGACUGAGGACCAUUUGUAUUGCCUUCCGUGACUUUCCAGGUAGUCCAGAGCCUGACUGGGACAAUGAAAGCAACAUUUUGUUAGACCUGACAUGUAUCGCUGUCGUUGGCAUUGAGGACCCAGUGAGACCAGAGGUUCCAGAAGCCAUCAGAAAGUGCCAACGAGCUGGUAUUACUGUACGCAUGGUCACAGGGGACAACAUUAACACAGCUCGAGCUAUUGCUAUUAAAUGUGGUAUCAUUAAUCCAGGUGAGGACUUCAUCUGCUUGGAGGGCAAAGAUUUCAACAGGAGGAUCCGGAAUGAAAAAGGAGAGGUUGAACAAGAACGUAUUGACAAAAUCUGGCCAAAACUCCGUGUGCUUGCUCGUUCAUCUCCUACUGACAAACAUACUUUAGUAAAAGGUAUAAUUGACAGUGUGCAUGGAGAGCGGAGACAAGUUGUAGCAGUAACUGGUGAUGGAACCAAUGAUGGACCAGCACUGAAGAAAGCAGAUGUUGGUUUUGCCAUGGGCAUUGCUGGCACUGAUGUAGCAAAAGAAGCCUCUGACAUUAUCUUGACUGAUGACAACUUCAGCAGCAUUGUGAAGGCUGUCAUGUGGGGCCGAAAUGUUUAUGACAGCAUCUCCAAGUUCCUGCAGUUCCAGCUCACAGUGAAUGUUGUUGCAGUUAUUGUGGCGUUUACUGGAGCAUGCAUCACCCAGGAUUCUCCCCUGAAGGCUGUGCAGAUGUUGUGGGUAAACCUCAUCAUGGAUACCUUUGCCUCCUUGGCCCUGGCCACAGAGCCACCUACAGAAGCACUGCUGAUGAGAAAACCAUACGGCAGGGACAAACCCCUCAUUUCACGAACCAUGAUGAAAAAUAUUCUGGGUCAUGGGAUAUACCAACUUACUAUUAUCUUCACUCUACUCUUUGCUGGGGAGACCAUUUUUAACAUUGACAGUGGCAGAAAUGCACCACUGCAUGCCCCACCAUCUGAGCACUACACCAUCAUCUUUAACACGUUUGUCUUGAUGCAACUCUUCAAUGAAAUCAAUGCUCGCAAGAUUCACGGAGAAAAGAAUGUGUUUGAUGGCAUUUUCAGAAAUCCCAUUUUCUGCAGUAUUGUCUUCGGCACUUUUGCGGUCCAGAUUGUAAUUAUUCAGUUUGGAGGAAAACCUUUCAGUUGUACCCCUCUGCAAAUCGAUCAGUGGCUGUGGUGCAUCGUUCUGGGAGUGGGAGAAUUGCUAUGGGGACAGGUAAUAUCCUCCAUUCCCACCAAUCGAUUGAAGUUUCUGAAGGAAGCAGGCCAUGGAACUCAGAAGGAUGACAUCCCAGAAGAGGAACUUAAUGAAGAUGCUGAAGAAAUUGAUCAUGCUGAGAGGGAACUUAGACGUGGACAGAUACUUUGGUUCAGAGGUCUAAACCGGAUCCAAACUCAGAUCGAAGUAGUCAACACAUUCAAGAGUGGCACUUCCUUUCAGGGGGCUCUAAGGCGCCAGUCAUCCGUUACCAGCCAAAAUCAAGAUGUAACCAAUAUUUCUAGCCCUACUCACAUCCGCGUCGUGAAGGCAUUCCGUAGCUCUCUCUAUGAAGGAUUAGAGAAACCGGAAUCGAAAUCUUCAAUUCACAACUUCAUGACCCAUCCCGAGUUUAGGAUAGAUGACUCACAGCCACACAUUCCCCUUAUCGAUGAUACAGAUAUAGAAGAAGAUGCUGCCCUUAAGCUAAACUCCAGUCCGCCCUCAUCCCCCAACAAAAACAACAAUGCUAUUGAUAGUGGAAUAAACCUUACAACUGACACCAGUAAAUCAGCUACCUCUUCUAGUCCUGGGAGCCCGCUACAUAGCCUGGAAACAUCACUUUAGCUGCCCAUUUCUGUGCAAAAACAGAAUCUACAAAAAAAAACCUGCUGGCUGAUAAACUGUUCUGAACGUGCUCUUCUAUGCUCUGCAGCAAGAAGGGAAAUUGCUGGAAGGGUGAUUUCUUGUUUGGCUGACCCUCCUCAAGAUAGAGAUCCUGCAUGAAUGUACAUUUCCCAAAUUUCACUGGAAGGACCACAGCUGAGUGCAUCUAAGGCAAUUUAUCCAAUCCACGGUCUGUGACUUUUGAAGUGCUUGUGUGGCAUGGACUAAUUGUAUAGAUUAAUUUAAGAAAAAAAACUUUAACAAUUGAAUUUGCCAAAGCUCAACUUGCACAGUUAGAAUGCACCGAUGGAACAGAGGAACUUUCUAAGCAUUUAUGGAAAUACCUACAGAGUUUAUCUUCUUUGUUUCUUGGCAUGUUGCCCUGCUUAAUGGCUCUUACUUAUUUAUGUCUUUAAGAGAAUGUAAUUUGUUUACAAAACCUGUAGAUAACUUUCUUGUUUAUUUGUAGAGUAUAAGUUCUGCUGACGUAGUACAAGCAGCUCUUCUCGUUGAGUACAUCUGUAAUAUUGAAUUCUAGAUGUUUCAUUACAAUUGUGUACUGAAUUUGCCUGCUUUUUUGUUAAAUAUUGUAGAUAUUGCUAGCAGAAACAAAGAAGCCAAAAUAUAACAGGGAAAUAUUGUUUAAAGUGGUACACUAAUUUUAAAUGAUCGUGGACUAAAAUGCAGCAUGGCUUCCUUUAUUUCCUAGAAUAUACCUUUAGUACCUAAAGUCCUCUGGAUUUUUUUUUCUUUUCAUAUAAAUGCUUGAAUUUUAUUUGGGUCUUUCUCAGACUCGCAAAGGCCACUUGAAAUGUUAAUUUGAUUGAACUGUCUGCUAUAUAUAGACAUCUGCUUGUUAAAAUAAGAUGUUUCAAAAUAACUGUAACUAUCCAAGCUUGUGAUGGGUUUAUUAGAGCUGAUUGCAAAAUAAGUUAUAUUUGGCUUUGUCUAUAUGGGCAAAAAAAAUCAAAGUAGUGUUGAAAUCUUGUGAUAUUGUGUUGAUUUCUAAUUUUUUUCCCUUUGGUGGCUAAUUGGAUUUUUUUAAAUCACAGCUUGAAGGCUGUCAAAAAUUGCAAAACAAUCUGGGUUGCUUUGUUUUUUUUUAAUUUUGUUUUUAUUUUAAAGAACAAUCUUCAUAAUUGGCACUCUGCAAAUAUGAAUGAAACUUUCUGUGAAGUAUUUAGAUGUGCUUUGCGUGGUUUUAUCAAGCUUGUCUUUCUGCGGACAUCUACUGAAUACAUCAUACCAUCCCAGCAGUAUGGUUUAAAUCUACUAACUAUGCUUUCUUAAGGGGAGGCCAUUAAAAGCUUGUCACAAGGGUGAAACCAAAAGCGCUUCAAGAUGAUAACAGCCCUUUAUAUUUUUUAUCGGGGAUUGGGGCUAAAUGCCUAUCAAGCUGUAAGCAUAAAACAAUCUUUGCGUCAUGGGCAGUGUAAAACCUUUUUUUUUAACUUUCACUUUGAUUCUGUGACUUGCAGAGGUCCAUUUAGAAAGAUAAAAUAUUGAAGAACUGUCUGUGCUCUGCUAAAAAGGAACUUGCCUGUAAUUCUGAGUUCGGGCAUUUUUGAAUUUGCCAGUAAAUCUUGUAUAUAUAUAGCAACACAUAUAAAAUAAGACACACUUAAAGUAAGACACAUAUAAAUCUGGGCUUCUGUGGGCAUGCAUGUGUGAUGUAGCUUUCGUUUAAAAUCAAAUUAGAUGAAAUUUCAGCCAGUCACUACCACAGGUCACAAGCUACAAAGAUUUUUGUUUCUUUGGCAUCUGUUUAGUGAAGGACAGCCAAGAAUGAGGGAAAUUGAAGGAUCAACUUAUUAAGAUCAUUCUGCAAUACAAACUUGCUUGCUUCAACAUAAUGUAUUUAUCAGCAUGAGUUUUGUGAAAAUAAUAAAUAAUAAAAAAAAUUGCAGCAGAACAAUUGGCAAUGGGCCCUGUCUGGCCAAUGACAUGAGUUCAUCCAUCUGUUUUUAUGAAUUUUUUACCCAGACAAUAAUUGUAAAUAAAGAACUAAAUGUCUAUGUUCAUUUAAUACUAUGCAAAAAGGUUAUGCUUUAUGAUUGUUAUUCUCAUAUUCCUACAAGUGUGUUGCUGGAAUGUUUGUGGUUUAAAAAGUCAGUAAACCAUGUGAUGUAAAUUAUUUUAUAGUUUGAAAACCAUGAACUGGCUCUUGCUGCUAACUGUCAAAUGAUUAGAUUAUCUGGUGGCAGGAGCACAAGUGGAAACAAAACAAAAAAAAUUAAUAAAUUCACAGAGCAGCAUGAAUCA